AAUGCCACAAACAAUCGCCCGACGUCCCGUUUGUUUUAACAAGUGAGUUUCCACCGCGAGUCCUCGCUCUUCUGCUCCGCCGCCGUGGUGGUGGCAGCACUAUUUCACAUUGUCAAUGGGAGGUUAGAUUCAGUUGCCUUAGAAACGCUGGUGGGUUCCGUUGCGAAAUGCUGCCUGCACGAGCGCUGCGUACGUACCCCGAGUCCGGCUCGAGCGCCUGAACGCCGCCCCCGAGCUCCGCCGAAAACAGUGCAGGACCCCACUCGCGAUUCGCCAUGAGUACGGUCCUGUUAGAAGCGCGGCCCUUCCGGCCCUUCAAGUCCGGGGAGGAGUACCUGGUGGCCAUGAAAGAGGACUUGGCCGAGUGGCUCCAGACCAUGUACCCGCACCUGGGCAUCAACGUGGACAACUUCAUGGAGAAGCUGGAGACCGGAGUCACCCUGUGCGAGCACGCUAAUGCGGUGAAGCUGCAGGCUUCCGAGUACAUCGAGAAGAAGCAGUCGAAGAAGAUCAUGACGAAGUCGGUGACGGGAAACCUGGCGCAAGCGAUGAAUCUGGUCAAUAUUCCGGAAGUGAAGUACUUUGCCACUGCUAAGCCGCAGACGUUCUUCGCGAGGGAUAACGUUUGUAACUUUAUCCAGUGGUGCCGGAACUCCUUGCAGAUUAUAGAGUGUCUGUUGUUCGAGUCGGACGAUUUGAUCAUGAGGAAGAACGAGAAGCAUGUUAUUUUGUGUCUGCUGGAGGUGGGGAGGAGGGCUGCCAAAUUCGGCAUGCUCGCCCCCAUGCUCGUCCAGAUGGAGCGCCAAAUCGACCGCGAGAUCGCCGCCGACCAGAAGAAGCUCGGCUUCAACGAGGGCCUCCAGGACCACAGCAGCCUCGACGACGACGACAGCGACAUGGAGGACGAGGAGCCCGUGCUCAUGUACGGCCCCGUCCCCCAAAUCGUGACCAACGACCUCAAGAGCCUAGACGAGAUGGUUCGCGACUUGGUGGCCCAAUGCACCUGCCCCACCCAGUUCCCCAUGAUCCGCGUCUCCGAGGGCAAAUACCGCAUCGGCGACACCAAAGUGUUGAUUUUCGUCAGGAUCCUGCGCAACCACGUCAUGGUACGCGUGGGCGGAGGCUGGGACACUCUCUCCCACUACCUGGACAAGCACGACCCUUGCCGCUGCCGCUCGCAACACCGGACCACCCAGGGCGCGCGCUUGGUAAACAAACCGGGAGCCGCCGACCUGCACGGGUCCCACGUGUACUACGACAGAUCGGCGAUGGGUGGCGUGACUGGGUGCCACACGACCAGCAACCCGUCGUCGCUGGGUCCACCCAUGAACGCGCUCAACCGCUCCAGAUCGCGCUCGCCGUCGCACUUGAGCGACCGGCGGUCGCUGAGUCCCAACGUCCCGCGGAAGUCGCUAGCCCCGCCUUCGCGCUCCAGAAGCCCCACCCCUAACUUCACGUCCACGCACCAGACGCGCCUGGCCACUGGUAAGGCAAAGAACUCCCCCACCACUUCACCCGUCCACCAAGCCAAAUACGCCAACGGGAAGAGCCACACCCAGCACAUCACCUCCAUACAAAUCCCAAUCGAUAAUAAUAAUAGAAAUUUGAAAUCGGAAGCGUCGUUGCAAGUGAAUGAAGACCAAAGCGACACAACUUCGGAAGUUUCAGAUGAGGGUUAUCGGAGCUUGGGGGCCAUCCAAGACAAGUCGAAGCAGAGGAUGUCGCUGCACAGUCAGGACUCGGUGGAGGAUGCUGAAGACAAUGAGCAUCACCUGGACGGUCCUGACGACACCAACGACGUUGGUCUGCGCAAAACCCAAUUCUCGCAACGCAUCUACGAAGACGGCAAACCCAAGCCCAAAGAAGCCCCCAAGAAGGAGACGUCUCCUCCCGUCACGCGGGAGAAAAGCCCUUUGCCGAAGGCCUCGCCCAAGAAAAGCGACAGGUUUGGGACCUGGAGCGGGCGGCAGAAGCAAGCCCGCCCUUCGCUCAACCUGGAGACCUUCAGCCCUCCGCUGUCACGGAACGCUCACACCCGCAGAAGCAUCACGCCCUCCCCCCACGAAAGACGCUACUCCUCGGCUAGCAGCUCCCCCACGAAGGGCAACCUGAAGCAAGAACUCAUCAACACGGUGUACCAAACCGACGACGAAACCGUCAUCGUGGAGAAAGUCCAGAAGCUCCUGAAGGAGUACGGGAGUUGGACGAACCUGGACGUGGACGACGGGAACAGGAAGUUCGUGCGAGGGGGGGACCGCAUGUCGUACCGAAGCCCUAGGAAAGACUCAAGACCUGAUAACAACCUGUCGAGGAUUCCCGCACCAGUCCUGUAGCCGAUUUUUUACGAUUUUGUACCUAGGCAGGGUAUUUUUUAAAGGGUUAGAAUAGAGUCCGCCUUCCCCUGGUUUAUUCACGUUGUUAUAUUUUGGUGCUACGACUAAUUCAACUUCUGGAGAUGUGAUUUUUUCAAAUUUUUAUAACGUUAUUGUUACGUUUACGAUAAUUUAGGAGAUGAGGAAGUGCUCAAUUUUUAAAAAUGUUGAUGGAGGCGCAGAAAGUCGCGGUUGGAAGAUGACGUAUAUAGAGUGUAGAGAUGUGUAUAACACUAAUAAUACUCUUAGUGCAUGAUUUAACAACUUAAAGUACAGCUAAUUUUAUGUUAAUCAUUUUGUAUAGACGAACUACUUUCUUAUUUAAUUUUAUUUUUAUUUAAUUUUUUUUAAUAAACUAAUUUUUUUAUU